CCGACAGGAGGUCGAGCUUACGGGGCUUGACUGACACGAAGAGGAGGAGGAGGUGGAGAGGAGGAGCGUGAGGGCAAGUUGAUGGAUUUGAUUUGGAGAGAGUAUUUUUAGAAGGAGGAGCAGAGACAUGAGAGGAAUGUUGAGAUUAGCGAUCCGGUCUUUGAGUGGGGACGGAAAAACUCGGGAAGAAGAAGAAGAGGAGGGACUGAAGGGGAAACCGAUAAAAGAUGCUGUGAUCGGAGUGUGACGGAGCAGAUUAUCCCCGGUCUGCUCGCCCUCGGGAGUGUUUUGUCUACGUACGUGUGCAGCGCGGCUCCGUCUCCGUUUGAAAGUGCGCUGCGGCGUGUUUUCUGACUGUGGCCGCGGUCGCCGGGGAGCGCCGCCAGAUGAGCCUGCCCCGCGAUUACCUGCAGGACGCCGGGGCGCCGAGUGAAGCGGAGCGCCGGGAGUGACGAGCGAGCACGCCGGUGGGGAGCCGAGGCGUCAAAAAGUGAGACCUCAAAGUGGGACGGACAACAAAUGAGCGCGGGGGACUCUUGGCGGAUUGAAUUAAAGCUCAUGUUUAGCGGUGGCGGGGGAGCGACUGCCGCUUCUGGAUGACAAACGCCUCUGUGAGCCAGCGAAGCUCAAAACACGUAUACAGAAGUCAGAUGAAGAGAAGCCACGGCGCUGGAGCGAGGCGAGCUCUCUGACAGACUGCACCUCGCCAAUCAAUCUCCCCCUCCGUCGCCUCAUUAUUUUAAUCACCUCCCUUUCAUUUGUUGUUUUUCCCCUCUUUCGGUCCGUCUUCUCUGCUCACCCCUCAGUGUUUUGUAUUCUGUCCUCUUCUCCCCCUUUCUCCUCCCCUCCCUCUUCCUCCUGCCUUCGCUCUCUCUCUCUCUGUCUCAUCCUCUCUUGUUCACUGUCACACUAACUGCGGUGGAUGCUGGAGUCACUCAUGUAGAAGACACCUUGCUUGGAGCACAUUUACCAAACUCGUUUUUUUCAGUCCUCCUUCUCGAUUUGGAUGAAUAUACCGCCCUCGAAUUGAAGCACCAGGGAGAGAUGACCAACAAGUAGCUGCUGCAGAGUUCACCCAACCGCCAAGACCAGACCGCCGUCCGUCUUUCCUUCAGGUGUGCUGCUGCAUGUGCGUGUGGUGGAUCUGCAGCCAGCACUGCAUGGGUUAACAGCGUCCGCGAGGCGAAACACAUCUUCAUGUGUGGAUUACAGUAGUGGAUUUACCCUGGAGCUACAUGUGGGCCCCAGCCCCUGAGGCCUGGCUGGGAAAUGAAGCCUGUCCCGCGGCUGUAGGAGCGCUGUGGGCAGCCAUGGCCCUGGAAGGCCGCUGUCUCCGGAGGGGAUCCCCGGCCAUGAUCAGGAAGGGCCGUCAGCGGCGUCGCGCGAAACCAACUCUGGCUCAGGUCACUUCCACUUUGCUGUCAAGGACACGCCUCCACGGCCUGCGGCAUGUGUGCGUCCCCGGCGGAUCGGUGGGCCGCAGGGCCUUCUGGCUCCUGGCCCUCUGCACCUCCCUGGGGCUGCUGUUGUCCUGGUCCUCCAACCGCCUGCUCCACUGGCUUUCUUUCCCAACGUACACGCGGGUCCACGCCGAGUGGGCCAAAGAACUGGCCUUCCCUGCGGUCACCAUCUGCAACAACAACCCCAUCCGCCUUUACAAACUCACCAAGAGCGACCUGUACUUCGCCGGCCACUGGCUGGGCCUGCUGCUGGCUAACCGGACGGUCAGGCCCAUGGUGCUGGACUUGCUCCAGGAGGACCGCCGGGCCUGGUUCAGUAAGCUGUCAGACUUCAGGCUCUUUCUGCCUCCCAGGAAUUUUGAGGGAACCAACCUUGAGUUCAUGGACAGACUGAGCCAUCAGCUGGAUGACAUGCUCCUCUCCUGCAAAUACAGAGGAGAGCCGUGUGGGGCUCACAACUUCUCUUCUGUGUUCACCAGGUACGGGAAGUGCUACAUGUUCAACGCCGCAGAGGAGGGGAAGACGCUCCGCACCACCAUGAAGGGGGGCACCGGGAACGGCCUGGAGAUCAUGCUGGACAUCCAGCAGGACGAGUACCUGCCGGUGUGGGGCGACACAGAGGACACAGCGUUUGAGGCGGGAGUGCGAGUGCAGAUCCACAGCCAGGCGGAGCCGCCGUUCGUCCACGAGCUGGGCUUUGGAGUGGCGCCCGGCUUCCAGACUUUCGUAGCCACGCAGGAGCAGAGGCUCACCUACCUGCCGCCGCCGUGGGGCGAGUGCGAAUCCAAAGCUCUGGAGUCGGGCUUCUUCCAGGUGUACAGCGUGACGGCCUGCAGGAUCGACUGUGAGACGCGCUACAUCGUGGAGAACUGCAACUGCAGGAUGGUGCACAUGCCCGGUGACGCUUCGUACUGCACACCUGAGCAGUACAAGGACUGCGCCGAGCCCGCCCUCGCCAAGCUGUCGGCCGUGGAGAGCAGUAGCUGCAUGUGCAGGACGCCGUGCAACAUGACCCGCUACAACAAGGAGCUGUCCAUGGUGAAAAUCCCCAGCAAGACGUCGGCGCGCUACCUGCAGAAGAAGUUCAACAAGUCGGAGAAGUACAUCACGGACAACAUCUUGGUGCUGGACGUCUUCUUCGAAGCUCUGAACUACGAGACCAUCGAGCAGAAGAAAGCCUACGAGGUGGCGGGCUUGCUGGGUGACAUCGGAGGUCAGAUGGGUUUGUUCAUCGGAGCCAGCAUCCUCACCAUCCUGGAGCUCUUCGACUACGCGUACGAGGUGGUCAAAGACAGACUGCUGGACUUGCUGAGCAGAGACGAGGAGGAGGAGAGUCACGCAGAGGACGUGAGUUCCUGCGACCCGGUGGCCAACCACUCGGAGUCCAUCAGCCACACCGUGACCGUCCCGCUGCAGACGACGCUGGGCACCCUGGAGGAGAUCGCCUGCUGAAGCCCUCCCCCCUCCCCCUCAGAGCCACACUGGGCGGCGCGCCGCCCUUCGCGAUCCCGGGCGACCUCACCAGGGGAGGGGAGGAGACGAGGACGGGGGCAUUGGGGGGGGGGUGUCGGCGUGAGGACGGCGCACGCCGCCCCCCCCCAAGUCUGGACCACUAAUGGGGAUUAAGGAGCUGUCGGCCGGACUCCUCGGCGCUCUCUGUCACCCUGCUCCGCACUGCUGGAGGACAGCGGCCUUCCCACGGACGGCUGGGAGGCCG